AUCCUCAGAGGAGCGGAAGUGCUGAGAGAAGACGAAGUUCUGACGACAUUCAUAACGAUCUCAGAUCAUCAGAACUUGAGAACACGGAAAUGUCUGCUGGAACAUCUGCGGCACUCUGGUUGCUGUUUGUCAGCAUCGUCUUCGUCUCUGCAGAGCAGAAAACCAUCACAGCUGAUCCUGGACAGAACGUCACUCUGACAUGUCGAGUUCAAGAAGGUAAAACCAUCAGAGCUGUAGAGUGGAGCAGAGCUGACCUGGGAGAUGAAUAUGUGCUUUUGUACAGGGAUGGUCGCUUUGUUUCAAAUGAGCAGCAUCCAUCCUUUAAGAACCGGGUGGAUCUGCAGGACAGACAGAUGAAGGAUGGAGACGUGUCUGUGAUCCUGAAGAACGUGACGGUUAAUGACACUGGAACAUACGAGUGUCGUGUCUUCAUUAGAGAAACACUCUCAUGGGAAUCCAUCAGCAUCAUCACCCUGAGAGUUGUUGUCCAGGAGGAGAAUCUGUUGGACUCAUCACUGUGUACCUGA